AUGAGCUGCCGUUGCACGGUGCAGCGGCUCGCGCCACGGGCGCCGCGGCGUCCACGGGUGCCGUGGCUGGCCCCCGCCCUGGCCUCGCACCAGCAGCUGGACGCUGGUAUCGCCGCGCGUCACCAGGCGGAUCGCAAGAACCUCAAGAAGUCUAAGCGUCCAUUUGCCAACUACUUCCGCAACGAGUACCGUAGCUCCCCUGCGUACUCCCUCCCGGAUGUGCGCACAGACGGCAGUGUCUCCUCCUACAGCGUUGUGCGACUCAUGACCGACGCGCGGCGCACGUGGACGCCGUUCUGGGGGCGGGCCACCGGCGGCGUGAGGACGCGCCGGAAACGGCAAGACGUGUUGGAGCCACCGGCGCCGCAGUUUGGCGAUGACGGCCUCGACCGCACCAUUGAGCGUCUCUUAGAAAUUCGCUUUCAGUGGGACCUCGGGGACGACAUUUUGACCUCGAGCCACGUGCCGCCAAGCCUCCGCGCCGUGACGGAACACUGCCUCCCGUUCGCCCCGUGCGCUGCGCCCGAGUCGCCGUCGCUGGGCGACAAACACGGCGGGGCUGGUGGCUGCGUGGAGUUAGACGGGGAGCACAUUCCCCUCUGUAUCUUUCGGGCGCGAGGGCGGCGGAAGGGGCCGGCGGCGCCGCGGGGAAACUUGGGCUUCAGCGGCGUGGACACCGUCCCGUCUCUCGUUCUGGACGCCACCCGCGGCCCGCUCGUCUCCUCGCCCACCGAGGCGGCGCUGAGCCUGCGCUGGAAGGCGACGAAUCGGGAGGCGGCGAGCGUGAGUGAGGUGCUGCGCCUGCAGCAAGGCGCCGGUCGCGUGCCUGUCAUGGGGCUCCCGCCGCGGUCGCUGCUGCUGCUCCUGAAGGCGCUCGCCACGGCGGAGGUGGAGGAGCCGGCGCUCGGCGUUGCCCUUGCCAUUGCGGCGGCGGAGCACUACAAUGAGUACAGCCACACGGAGUGCCUCGAGCUGCUGCGGUGCCUGCGACGCGUCGCCUACGUGCGGGGAUUAGCGCGUCUGCCGGAGAUUUCCGCCUCCGCGCUCGCGCUCUACCGCGACGCCACACAGUGCCGGAUGUUCUUCGCCGACUACGUGGCCGAUGCGGCGCCGUUUCUGGUGGACAGGGUGUGGUCGCGGCUUCCCGAGCAUGUGCGGCGGCUAACGCGGCGAAGGCUUUUUCUUGACCUCACCGAUCUUCUUUCGCUCGCGGUGGAGCUUCACGGGUGGCGAAUGCCAAAUAAUUUACCGAAUCCCGCCAGCUCCGCCGUGUACGCCGCGAAGUACCUCUUCCUGCGCUACACGCUGAUGCUAGACGAGGCCGCGAUGGCGGAGUACGUGAGCUGCAUGUCGGGGGCGGCACUCCCCUCUGCCUCGCCGCCAGCAUCCUCGUCCGCGGCGGGGACGGCAUCGUCGCUGGCGGCAACAAACCCGAUAACGACAACAAUAGAAGGAGAAGAGGGAGAAGAGGGGGCGUGCACGAAGCCGCUUGUGUUGUGGCUCUGCGUCUCGCUUCUUGUUCGUCUCACCGCGGAGGCGCUCGGAGAUGUCCUGCGCCACGUGGAGGCCUCCAUGCGGCAGCAUGUGCAGUUGGCAAAGGAGUACGAGGCGGCCGCGGCGCAGGGCGACUCCAGGCUGCAGCGACUGAGGGCAGAGACGGACCUUCAGCGCUACCUCGACCGCAUCGCCCUGUCCCGGCCCUGCCAGCGCGUGUAUCAGUGCAUAGGACGGCAAAAGCCGAGGAAGAUGCGGCUCCGCCUCAUUCCCCUUGAGGCCUUUCCUGAGAUCUUUCGUCACACGCGGCUGCCCUUUGAGGCGGAGACCCGGCAGGCGCUCAUUUCCACCGCUAGGCAGCGUGCCACUGCGCGGGCCGAGUCGCCCCUCGCCGCCGUUUUGGCGGGCUCAGCACUGGCGGAGAAGCACAUUCAGCGGGCCUGCGGUGCGCUUGACUGGGCGACGAUGAUGUUGACGCACUGCGCCAGCGUCGUCAGGCGGGCCGCGGCCCCGGUGAAGCGGCUGCAGCGUGUAGGUGCGACUGCGCAGCCGAACUCCCCUGCGUCCCCGUCUGCGUUUGCGUUUGACGCCGCGGACAGCCGUUUCGGGUUGUGUGAGGCGCACGUGCGUGCGCGCGUGCAGGGCGACCUGGACUGCCUCUUCACGCACAUUCCCUGGCAGGGUCUAGAGGAGCAGCUGCAGACGUUUUCGGAGGAGGAGGAGCGGCAGGCGCCCGCGACGACAAGACAGCCGGUGACGGCGGAGGUGACCUCGGCGCCGAGUGCGUACUUUUUAGAUGACCUGCUCGCCGCCCCCGGCGACGACGGCGACGACGACUGCGGCGGCGGUGCGUCUGCGGGUCAAGCCACGGCCUGCACGAGCGCGGAGCGGGGGGUCCACAGGAUGCUGGGGAGUUUGCAGGGCAGCGUCGAGCGGUUUCAGGUCGCCGUUGCCGACUUGGUCGACGCCCAAGAGGAGUACUUUUUGAUGGUUUAG